AUGGCAUCUACAUCUCUGUCCAUCUUUGUCGUCGGAGGACACGGUAAGGUGGCGCUUCACUUUACCCGUCUCGCCGCUGCUCGCGGACACAAGGUGUUCAGCUUGAUCCGUCAGCCUGAGCACGCUUCCGACUUGCCUACUGGUCCUUCUGCCGAUGCAGUCCAGCCUGUGAUUGCCUCGCUCGAGCACGCGUCCAUCUCGGACAUUGCCUCCCUGUUCACCAAGUACUCGCCCAACGUCAUCCUCUUCAGCGCAGGUGCGGGCGGUAAGGGAGGUGUCGAGCGCACCAAGGCCGUCGACGAGCAGGGUGCUAUCAAGGUGUUUGAUGCUAUUGAGCAGAGCGGUAUCGCCAAGUCACCAGAUUUCCGCCGCUUCCUCCUCGUUUCCGCCAUCGAUGUGCGUGACAAGACCAAGCCGCCUCCUUCGUGGUAUCAAAAGGCCGAUCUAGAGCGCUCCGAAAAGACUCGCAGUGCCAUUGGCGCCUAUAUGGAUGCAAAGUAUGCGGCAGACAAGAACCUUUCAGGAAGGAGCUCGUUCCCGUGGUUCGUGCUUCGUCCCGGUGGUCUCCUCGAUGAGCCUGCGACAGGCAAAGUUGCUUUGGGCGUUCAUCAGAGCCUCGUCCACUCGAUUCCGCGCGAAGACGUUGCGGCUACCCUUCUCGAGGUCGCUCAGCUCCCUAAGGGUCAAGGAGACGGACUGAUGCUCGACUUGCUUGCUGGAGACAAGGAUAUUCCCACUUCCGUCAAAGAGGCUGUCGAACGAGGUCGCACCGACUUCGAGGGCUGA